AUGUUGUUACCGUGUGUGCAUUUUUCCCGAUUUUCCCCUUAUAUGUAUUACCACUACCACCCCCGCAGUGAUCUUGCCGGCCAGGGGGGCACCGGAGUUUGGUGCCUUGUUCUUGAUAGAAAGGGAGAGGAGACUAGGAGAGGGUCCAUGGGGCGGCCGCCGUGCUGUGACAAGGCGAACGUGAAGAAGGGGCUGUGGACGCCUGAGGAGGACGCCAAGCUGCUGGCCUACACGUCCAACCAUGGCACCGGCAACUGGACCUCCGUCCCGCAGAGAGCAGGGCUGAAGCGGUGUGGGAAGAGCUGCAGGCUGAGGUACACCAAUUACCUGAGGCCCAACCUGAAGCACGAGAGCUUUACGCAGGAGGAGGAGGAGCUCAUCGUCACCCUCCAUGCCAUGCUCGGAAGCAGGUGGUCUCUGAUCGCGAACCAGCUGCCGGGGCGCACCGACAACGACGUGAAGAACUACUGGAACACGAAGCUGAGCAAGAAGCUGCGUCAGCGCGGCAUCGACCCACUCACGCACCGCCCCAUCGCGGACCUCAUGCAGAGCAUCGGCACCCUCGCCAUCCGCCCCCCGCCCGCCGCCGCCGCCUCCUCUUCCUCCCCCUACUUCCCCAUCAACAACCCAGCUGCGCCGCCGCCGCUCCCGCUGCUGCAGGACGACGACGUCUCGUACCACGCCGCCCUGCAACAGAAGCAGGAGGUCAUCACGCUCCUCGACGCGGACGCGCCCGGGGCGGCGGCGUCGCCGGAUCACCACCACCACCAGCAGCUCAAGUGGAGCGACUUCCUCGCCGAUGACGCCGCGGCGGCGCUCGAGGCGGCCGCGCCGCCGGCGCAGUUCCAGGAGGCUGCCGCGGUGGCCGGUGGAGGCGGAUUAUCGGCGCGCGCGUGCGGCGGCGACAUUGGGGGUGGUGUCGGCAUCGGCGGAGGCGGCGCCGGGGAUGACGGCGCGGCGUCGUCGGCGUUCAUCGACGCGAUGCUGGACAGCGACAGAAAGAUGGGCGUGGACCAGCUCAUCGCCGAGCUGCUCGCUGACCCGGCCUACUGCUACGGUGCCUGUUGCGGCUCCUCGUCCUCGGAGAUGGGGUGGGGCUGUUGAUUGACUAAAUUGGGGUGGCAUUUAGGCUUAUUUGACACUCUUGAUUCGAUUAUAGUAAUAUGAACUUGUUAUGGACCUACGGGUACUCUUCGAUUGACGCUGAGCUGAUUACGCAUGCGUGCGCUGCUUUCAUGUCCUUUGUGGCAAAUAUAGUUGGAAAUGGAGAUCGUCAUCAUCAUCAAUAGACGAGUGUGUCGGAAUAA